CAGUAAUAUGAAAUGUGGGGAGUUUUUAUUUUUAUUAUUUGUUCUUAUUUCAGUAAAAUCCAAGGGAAGCUUUCACACCACUGAGAUAUAGUAAUGUUUGAUUGUUGCGCGCCAUGGUCGGUUACUGAUUGUGCGCUCGGGGACCAGACGCGCUCAGGACGCUGUUUGGGGGGCGUCUGCUUGCCGUUGAGACACACCCCCCUCCCAGACAGCCACAGCCAUCUGCCUCCUCUUGUCCAAUUUCAAACCCAGCGCAUUAUUUGCUGCAGCCUACAGACUGACACAACCGCAUCUACGUCUGUGCGAGCUGCUGCGCACAGAGAGAUCCAAAACCAGCCCCCUCUGCGCAUCUCUCAUCCAUCCAACGGUAACCCGGACUGUUUGCAUGCAACCUCGAGACAGACUGCCGCGGAUUGGAUUUAAGCACGGGAUAACAGACACCAACUGUGCAUCCUUUCGGCGAGGAAGGAAGGGAGGGAGGGAGGGUGGAGAGGGAGGCAACUCUUUAGUAUCUUAGUGCCCUGGGUUAGGAGAGGGGGGAGGAGGAGGAGCGGAGAAUGAGCUAUUCUUGUACCAGUAGAGGCAGCAGCCAGGACCCAAAGAGUGCUAAGAAGCCUGCCGGUACUAAUCCGGCCAGAGACACCGGAGGCGCAGACAGCACCAGCAACGGCAGUCCGACGCACACGGCGGCGAUGAAGGUGAAGAAGGGCUGCAACUCGGCAGACGUGGGAGUCCCGGUGACCACGGAGGAGGACCUGCUCGCCAGCGCGGUGAUCACUCCUGAGGAUGUGCUGGGCUUGCAGAAGAUCACAGAGAAUUAUCUGUGCAGCCCAGACGAGAACAUUUUCAACAUCGACUUCACCAGGUUCAAGAUCCGCGACAUGGAGACGGCCACGGUGCUGUUUGAAAUCACCAAACCUCCAUCCACAGACAAAGCAGGUGAGAGAAGAGACAUCGAUCCAAACGCCGGCAGAUUUGUCCGUUACCAGUUCACCCCUGCUUUUCUCCGACUGCGGCAAGUUGGAGCUACGGUGGAGUUCACAGUCGGAGAAAUGCCGAUAGACAACUUCAGGAUGAUUGAGAGACAUUACUUCAGGGAGAAGUUGCUCAAGAGUUUUGACUUUGAGUUUGGCUUCUGCAUGCCGAGCAGCAAGAACACCUGUGAACACAUCUAUGAGUUCCCACCUCUGUCAGAGGACAGCGUAAGAGAGAUGAUCCUGCACCCGUACGAGACGCAGUCAGACAGCUUCUACUUUGUGGACAAUAAGCUGGUGAUGCACAACAAGGCAGACUACUCAUACAACGGCGGGACGUAGAGACGACGUGCUGGACUGAAGGAUAGGUGGAUAGGACGGAUCAGAAGGACAAUUAGAGGACACUGCUGGGGUUAACUUCCUGUCAAUCCAGUGGUCUUUCCCUCUCUCUCUCUCUCUCUCUCUCUCUCUCUCUCUCUCUCUCUCUUCUUUCUCUCUAUCUCUCUCUCUCUCUCUUUUCUCCUGCUGAGAGGAUGCCGACCAGGGAAGGCCCACACAGUUGCGAUCUGUGUGUGUCUGCGUGUGUCAGCAUGUACAGCUUAAUAAUGCUACACACAAACACACACACACAGAUGAGCUCACAGCUCCAUGUGUUUCUGCAACAUGACAAACCAGCAAGUGAACAACUUCUUAGGAACUACACGAUGGUUUUUGCUCUCUAGCCACGUCUCGUAGUGAAAAAAAAGAACAAAGCUCUGUAUCUCCAAAUAUAUAGAUAGAAGUUAUUUUCUCAUUCAUGUUCUUGUUAAGAUUUAGAGACAAAUCUUGCAUCUGAAAACUUGUGUUUUUAGGUCUUAAGUGACAGUUUGAUGAUGUUAUUUUUCAGAUUCAGUGAGCAUGUGUGUGUGUUUGCGUACUUUGAAUGACUGUAUCCGAGUGUGUGUCAGUAUGUUAGAAGCAUGACUACUGGUCUGGUACAGAUAUAUUAAUUUAAGAGUCGAUAAUGUCGUCAUCUGGUCGAAUAGAUUUAGACCUGUUAGUGAAUUCUUUACAUGUAGGGAAGUGUAUUUGAAUUAAUCAGAGCUAUUUCCUGCUUCCCUAUCCUUGUGUUCCUUAUCCUGUCUGCAGUCAUGUGAUCCGUACUAACUGUAGGGUGUGUGUGAUUGUUAAACAUGUCGUCAUGGUGGCCAUUUUACUCUGUAGUCACACAAAUGUUGAUUUUAUGUCAGACUCUGUUUUUCAAGUUUGCAGAUAAAAAUGUCAGAAAUCAAACAAAAACGUAUUAUUACACCUGAACUGAAAAUGAAGGCAAAUGGUAAAAAUAAUGAGAGAUAUUAACUCAAAGCUAGCAUGCAGCCUAGAGUUUCCACCCGUCCCGUUUUUUCCCAGAAUUGUUCUCUUUUUUUCCCAGCUGUCCCGGGGAAAUAAAAAUCUCUCCCGGGACCCAAUUUGUCCCGUUUUUUGGGGGAAAAUCCAAAAACCUCUUUUGAUUUCCUUUGUUCUGUAGUCUAGAAAGGUCCCCUGUGCUUCUGUGGCUAUUUAAAAUCGUCUCUGUUUUCUUCCCAUCUAUGCGUAUGUCACAUGUGCGCCUUAGUGCUCAAAGUGACUCAAGCAGGGAGGGAAACUUGACCGAAGAGAGACUGGCUGUUUCCGAAACCGCCUACUAUACUAGCAGUACGUACUGAUCUGGCCAAAAUUCAGUAUGUAGUAUGCAGUAUGUGAACAAGAGCAAAAUCUGCAGUUACCAAAACUCACUGGGUUCAUACUGAUUCGAGAAAAUUUCUCAGUCUGCAUCGGACCAGUCUGCCUCACGUACUGUUUCCCAUAAUGCACAGCGCUCGUUCCUCCUUUUUCUUUUUCCUUCUUUCUUGACCGGAGGAAAUCCGUUUUUGGGUGCUGUGAAAGUUAUUGAAUUACAUAUAAACCACUUCCUAACUUUUUAAAUCAUAAGUGAUGCUAAAGAUGCAGUUUCUCUAUCGGCUUGGUCGUUGUUUACUUCUGCUUUCUGAAACCAGAAAUCCAGCGACGUCUGGCUCAGCAUACUGCAACACAGAUCGAACAGAACAGUCAUACUACAUACUAAAUUCAAACACAGUAUGUAGUAGGCAAUACCUACUGCCUACUACAUUAGUAAGUAGUAUGUAGCAGGCCGUUAUGGAAACAGCCACAGAAAGCUGAAUUGACCGACGUACUCCGCACUGAGGUCGUCUUUUCACCAACUUUUGGCGUCUCCAUUAGAAAUGAGAGGAGACGACCGACGAGGAAAGAGAUGGAGCAAAUACAUGCAAGCCACCACCAUGAAAAAAAACAUAUAUUAAAUACAACCCUGACUGUGCGACACUGUCAGAGUUUGAGUAGGGUACGGCCGACCCAGAGAGACAAUUUUUCCGCCACAUGCGUUUUGUGUCCGGCGAAAAUCUCCAUAAAAUAUGAAGGGCUUUGGAAAUCCACGCAAAAACAUUAAAGUAUCAAGCUGUGGAAUCAAACAAACCAAAACAGGCAGUAUUGCAACUUUUCUGACCAAAAAAGGUUCACCGGAAGAAGACAAGGUUGCAGCGGCAGAGCUUACCAGUGUCCUGUGUCUGAAUCUUAUGUUCAUCUGGUCAGUCUGAACUGGUAUUAAUGGCCGAGCCCCCCACCCCAAACCAUUGGUAGUGUCCCUUUUUUUCACAAAUCCAAAGUGGUAACUCUAGUUGUGGCUAACGCGACAGAACAACAAAAUACAUUUAUGCAAUAUUCCAACAAUAAAUGUUUGGAAUAGGACAUGUUGAUAUUCGAUCGCUGUUUCUUGAUUGAUUAGCAAGUUACCUGCCCCAUAAGCUACCGAACCGUAGCUAACAUUAGCAUUUCACCACAGCUUUGUUAUCAUUAUCUUAAGCUAUAGAAGCCUUUCGCUGUCCCGUGGAUCGAGUAACACUUAAAAAGUAAGGCCAUCAUUUAGCCACUUCCUAGCUAACAGAUACAUCAGCAAGCUAGAAGGUGGCUAAUUCAUUCUUUUACCUGAAAUACCGCCAAACGUCCCUCUUGGAUUGUACUGUUUAAUAUGCUUGUAGCUGCUGAUCAAUCAGGAGGCCCUGUCAUUCUAAAUUAUUGUCUGAUUCCUGACAUUUCUUCAUUUGAGCAUUGUGAUGGAGAAACAUGACCACCAUGUGAAUGUUGAAUUAAAAUUGAAAGCACAAAAAAAAAAAACUAAAGGAAGCUUUAAAAGGAGAUCUGAUAUGACCGAGAGUGUACUUAGUCAUCUGUGAACUCACCCAGCCUCAUGUGGCUUCUUUAAGCGGUGCAGAAGUUGUUGAAAAGUUGUGCUUUGUGUGUCCAGGUUUAAGCUUUUCUGUUUGGGAACUCUUCAGAAGAGAAGAAAGGGGGAUCUGGAUUUGUAGAUGUUGAUAUAUUUCCAGUCAGAGCUGUGUUGUUACAAAAAAAAAAAAGAAAGUCUGGAGAAUGUAGCAGAAGAACAAAUCUCCCUGAAUCUCUCUCUUUUGUUCGUGUGUUUUGUUUCUGUGGCAGUCCUUAUCGUGUCUCUUGUGUUUUCCCAUUCUUUGUGACGUCUCUCUGUUGCCGGUUUUCUGCCUCUCGUACACUUUUAUGUUUUCACUCAGACACAUUCCAGUGAAUUGGGACCUGAGUGUGUUGACCUCUUGUUAUUCGAGGGCAUUAAUGACUCAAAUCACUCAGAGAUAAGUAAUUGAACUGAUUUCAGCUGCCUAUAAACCGUCAUAUGCACACUUAGCUUUCCUCUAUCUGUGCUGAAACAGCUUGCAUAAACUUCAUGAUUUUAUCUGACCUGCAGUAAACUUCACCUGUCUGUUUCAGAGGGUGUGUUCAAAGGCCGACAUUAUUUGCCCAAACUAAUUGAGCCAGGUUUGUGAAUAAGUAUAGCCAGAGAUAAAACAUCACUUGAAUGCACCUGUUGUGAGUUUGCAUCAGCUAAACAAAGAAAAAGGUGGUAAUUAGAUUUGGAUAACUCACAGUUGUAACAUGGCCAGGAGGGGACUUAGACUGACUUGAAUGUUACGUCAAAUUGUAGGACAUAUUUAUUUAAUAUGAUUGUGUUACAUGUACAAAUGUUUUGAACUGAUGUGAAGUUUUUAAAUGUUGGUGUGACUGAAAGUAAAAUAAAUAAAAGAUUUAUGGGACUUUUUGAAAUAUA